UCAAUUUCCCAAAGCUCUUUCUAAAUCAGACUCAACUGUACAUCAUGACAGACGUUCCAGUGACAUUCAAGGGGGCUGAGCGUAAUGGAGAUACCCCACCUGAAAAUGGGCAACAACCAAUCACUAAAAUCACGGAUGAAACAACUAAUGCUCAUGGCACCCAGCCAUACUACAGGGUAGACCCUACUCUGGAACAUGUACCCAUGGAAGAAAAUCAGGAGGAAAGUGAAAAAUCACAAAGGAACAUGCUACUCACCUGGUCCAUGGAUAAGAAGUUCCUAAAAGAAAAACCAGAAGAGAACCUCUUUAUUGUUCAUAAGGCUAUCACAGAUCUUUCCCUCCAAGAAACAAGUGCUGACGAAAUGGCAUUCAGAGAAGGGCAUCAAUGGGAGAAGAUUCCUCUGAGCAGCAAUAACAAAGAAAUAAGUAGACAGAGAGAAAGGAUUUGUGAAAAACCUCUAGAAGAAGGAGAAGAUGGGGAUAGGAAGAACAAAGCCUACCAGGCAACUGAAAUUGAAUGGUUGGGAUUUCAGAAACCUAGACAAGUUGACAUGUUGCAUUCUAAACAUGACGAGGAGCAAGAGGGUUGGGAUGAAGAAAUUAAUAACGAUGAUGAUGAUGAUUGCAAUGAUGAUGAAGAUGAAGUUCGAGUGAUAGAAUUCAAGAAAAAAAAUGAAGAAGGCUCUCAAUCAAGGAAGGAAGGUAAUGCCAGUGAGGACUCCCCUCUAAGCAGCCCCAGUUCCCAACCCGUGACACCAGAUGAGCAUCCGACCUUAGGGAAGAAGAAUGACAUCUCCAGAAAUGCUUAUUCAAGGUAUAAUACAAUAUCUUAUCGGAAAAUCAGGAAGGGGAACACCAAGCAAAGAAUUGAUGAAUUCGAGUCCAUGAUGCAUUUAUAAACUAACUGGAACUGAGAAAUUCUCAUGCCUGCUAAAGCAAAAGCUAAUUCUCUUUUCUUGAGGUGUAUCUUUGGAUGCCUUAUUUGAGUCAUUCUCUUUAAAGAUGUGGAAGCUUACUCUCUGAUUCACUGUAGAAUAGUGUGGAAAUAACCCUAGACAACAUUCAGUCUGGUAACCUCAAAUCAAGAAGCAUUAAAUUCAUUCUAGAGCAUUUGCUUUUUAAAACUUCACUAAUACUGCAUUGUGUAAUAAACACCAA